AUGUGUCGGCGAUACCUUGAUGCAGGUGAUAGAGAGUUCGACUGGAAUGGCCCCGACGUCGAUACCGAGUGGGAACCCUUUAUGGGUCUAGGAUGGCUCGGGAGUCGACUUCUUGGGCGAAGAAUGAAUCUAUCACCUGAGACUACGGCGGGCAUGGUGGCGACGGUUGUAUUCGGCACAAAUGCCAACUCGGUGCCCAUGUUACUGUGGGCGAUGAUGGAACUUAUCGCAGAUCCGGAACUAUAUCGGGCGGUGCGAGAAGAAUGCCUGGCCGCAAGCUCAGUGGACUUGGUUUCUAGAGAGCGAAUAUUCGACCCCCGGAGCUUGCUUUCAAAGCCGCUAUUGCAAUCACCUAUCGACCUUGAUGGUCAUCUUUUGCCCCCCGGGUCUCUCAUUCAAGCUCCGAGCCAGAUUGGACAGUACAACGAAGCUGUCUGGGGCACUCCUGAGCAUCCUGCAUCGCAGUUUUGGGCUGGUCGCCAUCUAAAGCAUGAUGGCGGUAAGACCCAAUUCACGAUGACUGGUAAAACGUCUUCCUUUUUCCCUUUCGGUACGUAUCUACUGCGCGUCUUAUAUGAUUGCUAUUUUGUUGACAAGUUUUCUACAGGUGGAGGGCCUUCAAUCUGCCCCGGGCGGGUGUUCGCUAAGCAAGAAAUCCUAAUGACUAUCGCCGCACUGGUAACCAGAUUUGAGAUAGAGAUGAUUGACUGGGUGCAUCCAAACGGAUCCAAGUCCGACCGGCCGCCUCAGAAUGAUCAGUCGCAUAUCGGAGCCGUUGGGAUCCCACCAGACCGGGACAUGAAGAUCCGAUGGAUGAGGCUGUGGUAG